AUGGAGAGCCAAGGGAACGUACCGGAUGCGGGCAAGGGUCUGUCGUCCAUCCUGGGACUAGCCCGGGGAGACUACCCGACAAGUCGAACCCGGUUAAGCUUCGGACCGACAGGGCCUGCUGGCCUGACGCCGGCGCCGACCAUCGCAGCAAUGGCGUCUAGCUUGGAACAAAUCCAGAAUGUUCUCCUGAACAACCCCGUCGCCAACUCCCUCUCAGAUGCCAUCAGCUCCUUCUCGGAACGGAGGGCGAAGCUCGGCUUGUCCAAUCCCGGUACCACCGAGAACCUAACUAGGGAGGUCCAGCGCGAUGUCUUGCUCACGAACUACAUGUUCACCGGCCUUCGCGCCGACCUGACCAAGGCCUUCAGCAUGUCGCCUCUGUUCCAGGUUUCUCACCAAUUCGCUAUGGGCGAGCGUUUGAACCCGUACACCUUUGCUGCGUUGUACGGAACAAGCAAGGUCUUCUUGCAAGGAAACAUGGACAACGACGGCCAGCUCUCCACCCGAUUCAACUACCGAUGGUCCGAUAAGCUCGUGUCGAGAACCCAAUUUCAGGCCGCCCCUGGCGCUGGUCAGGAGAUGCUCCAGUUCGAGAACGAAUACACCGGCGACGACUUCACGGCUUCUCUCAAGAUGCUCAACCCUUCCUGCCUGGAUGGUGGUGUCACCGGUAUCUUCAUUGGUAGCUACCUCCAGUCGGUCACUCCUAAGCUUGCCCUCGGCCUCGAGACCGUUUGGCAGCGCCAGGCCAUGACCCAGGGUCCCGAGACUGCCACCUCAUACUGCGCCCGUUACAAGUCCAACGACUGGGUUGCCACCGCUCAGCUCCAGGCUCAGGGUGCUCUGAACACCUCCUACUGGAGACGUCUGUCCGAGAAGGUUCAGGCUGGUGUUGACCUGUCUCUCUCGCUCGUCCCCGGUGCCGCUGGCGUCAUGGGUGGUUUCCAGAAGGAGGGUGUCACCACUAUUGGUGCCAAGUACGACUUCAGAAUGUCUACCUUCCGCGCUCAGGUUGACUCCAAGGGCAAGCUUAGCUGCCUGUUGGAGAAGCGCAUUGCCGCCCCCGUCAUGAUGACUCUGGCUGCCGAUGUUGACCACUUUUCUCAACAAGCAAAGAUCGGUGUCGGUAUCUCCAUCGAGGCCGGUGGUGAGGAGCUCCAGGAGCAGCAGGAGACUCUGGGUGCUCAGGGAACCCCCAACAUCCCCUUCUAA